AUGUCGAUGCAAGUGGAAAGCGCUGAAAAUUUUAGUAACGAUGAAGCUAGUUCAUCCGAAGAUUCCACGGAAAUAUACCAAGUCGGUUCGCUCGAAUCAAACGAUGUCACUAACAAAAAGAUUGAUCAAUCGUCGCUGCUGCACGAAAUUAUUAAAUGCACCUUCGGGAAUUAUUCUGCGCCGCUGACGCAAGAUAUCAAGAUGCCUGGAGUUAGGUGGAAUAUUGAUGAUGGAGUUGGCAAGUCGAUUGAAUCUAAUGAAAAUACGUCACUAAUAUCAAAGAACGAGUACUUCGACUACAUAUAUCUUAGGUAUACAAUGAUAACGGUUCGAAGGGAUAAAUUUGACUUUCUUUUGAGAGAGUUAACCAGAGUCCUCAAGAGAGGCGGCUGGAUCGAGUUCACGGAACCAGGUCACGAGAUCAGAUCAAAGGGACCCACGAAUGCCGUGCUAGAAGAAGUUUGGCAUCGCAAGGCACGAGAAGAAAAUCUUCGUGUCGAGGAAAUUUGCAAUCUUGGUAAAGUCUUAUCGGAAAACGGGUAUAUAGAUGUUCGAGAGAAGUCUCACGAUAUUCCGUUGGGUGAAUACGGCGGAAAGACUGGCAUCGACACGGCGAAUCAUUGGAAAGCCUGGAUGCAGAUGCAUCAAGAUCUUUUUACCGAAGCAACAGCUCAUAAAAGUAAACAUGAAUUUGAUGAAUUUAUCGAAAGAUGCUUUAAAGAAUUCAAUGAUAACCACUCUUGUUUCGUGGUUUAUAACUUCGUUGCUCAGAAGGCCUAG